AUGUCCACGGAGGAGCAGGGAUACCCUGAAGCUAUGCUGCUGGAGGCCGGACCUGAGUGGCUGCGGGCGGAAGUCGAGCGUCUUUCCCGGGAGCUGAGCGAGACAACCAGCGAGAAGAUCCAGGCGGCGGAGUACGGGCUGGCGGUGCUGGAGGAGAAGCAACAACUCAAGCAGCAGUAUGACGACCUGGAGGUCGAGUACGAGGCUGUCAGGCAGGAGCUGGACCAACUGAAAGAGGCCUUUGGACAAGCUUACACCAACCACAGGAAGGUGGCAGCAGAUGGCGAAAGCCGGGAGGAGUCUCUGAUCCAGGAGUCGGCCUGUAAGGAGGCCUACUAUGAGCAGAGGGUCCUGGAGCUGCAGAACGAACUGCGACAGACACGCAACAUCCUGACCAAUACCCAGUCUGAGAAUGAACGCCUUGUUGCCAUCUCCCAGGAGAUGAAAGAGAACGGGGAGAUGGUGGAGCUCCAGAGGAAUCAGCUGCGUGACGACAUCAAGGAGUACAAGUUCAGGGAGGGCCGUCUGCUGCAGGAUUACACCGAGCUGGAGGAGGAGAACAUCUCUCUGCAGAAGCAAGUCUCCGUGCUCAAACAGAGUCAGGUGGAAUUUGAGGGUUUGAAGCACGAGAUUCGUCGUCUGGAAGAAGACACUCAGUUCCUGAAUAGCCAGCUGGAGGACGCCAUCCGCCUGAAGGAAAUCGCUGAACGUCAGUUGGGUGAGGCUCUGGAGACCAUCAAGACGGAGCGGGAGCUCAAGACCUCUCUGAGGAAAGAGCUCUCCCACUACAUGAACAUAGGAGACUCUCUGUAUCACAGUCCUUUAAGCAUUUCUUUGGAUGGCCUCAAGUUCAGUGACGACGCCGCCACGGAACCUAACAACGACGAGGCUCUGCUUGGAUACGAGAACAGCUUCACCAAACUGGCCAACACCAUCAACGAGGACAACCGCAUCUCCACUCCUGAGAAGGAGGAGCUCUUCUGCCCGGUGCCCAGCCUGGUCGACGACCUGCUGAGUGAGCUGAACAUCUCAGAAAUCCAGAAGCUCAAACAGCAGCUGAUGCAGAUGGAGCGGGAAAAGGUCAACCUGCUGUCCAAUCUGCAGGACUCCCAGAAACAGCUGGAGCAGGCCAAUGGGGCUCUGUCCGAGCAUCAGGAGAAGGUCAACAGGCUGACAGAGAACCUCAACGCCAUCCGUAAGCUCCAAGCCAGCAAAGAACGCCAGUCUGCUUUGGACAACGAGAAAGAGCGGGACAGCCACGAGGACGGAGACUACUACGAAGUGGACAUUAACGGACCGGAGAUCCUGGAGUGCAAGUACAAGGUGGCCGUGUCUGAGGCAGGGGAGCUGAAGGAGGAGCUGAAGACGCUGAAAGCAGAAUACCAGGCCUGUCAGUCGCGCUACGACGAUGAACGCAGCCGUCUGGAGAACGACGUCAGGUCUCUGGGAGAUAAGCUGUCCAAUCUGGAGAGGACCACUUUUGCAGAGAGAGAAGAGAAGGCUAAACUAGAGAAAGAGCUGCGCAAGCUGAGUGACGUGGCGGGCGAGUCCCAGGGCAGUUUGAGCGUGGCCCAGGAUGAGCUGGUAACAUUCAGCGAGGAACUGGCCACUCUCUACAACCACGUCUGCAUGUGCAACAACGAGACCCCCAACAGAGUGAUGCUCGACUUCUACAAGGAGGGCAAAGGUGGCCGGAGCAGCCCGGAGGGCCGCGGUCGGCGUUCUCCCAUUCUGCUGACUAAGGGUCUCUUCCCAGAGCACGGCAGGACUGACCUCAGUGAUGGCGCUCCUUCGCCCGUCUCCUCUCUCCCCUCCCCUGUGGCGGACCACCGUCGCGAGCCCAUGAACAUCUACAACCUGGUGGCGAUCAUCAGAGACCAGAUCAAGCACCUGCAGCUGGCCGUGGAUCGCACCACAGAGCUGUCACGCCAGCGGGUAGCAUCUCUGGAGCUCGGCACCAUGGCAGACAAGGACAAAGAGGCCUGCAUGGAGGAGAUCCUCAAGCUGAAAUCCCUGCUGAGCACCAAGCGGGAGCAGAUCGCUACUCUGCGGACUGUCCUCAAGGCCAACAAGCAGACAGCUGAGGUUGCUUUGGCCAAUCUGAAGAGCAAGUAUGAGAACGAGAAGGCCAUGGUGACAGAGACCAUGAUGAAGCUGAGGAAUGAGCUGAAGGCUCUGAAGGAAGACGCUGCUACCUUCUCCUCUCUCCGAGCUAUGUUUGCCACACGCUGUGACGAAUACGUCACCCAGCUGGAGGAGAUGCAGAGGCAGCUGGCUGCAGCCGAGGACGAGAAGAAGACCCUCAACUCUCUGCUGAGGAUGGCCAUCCAGCAGAAGCUGGCGCUGACGCAGCGCCUGGAGGACCUGGAGUUCGACCACGAGCAAACCCGACGCGGCGGCAACAGCGGGCGCUCCAAGGCCCGCAGCAAGGCUGCCGGCACCACCGCCACCAGCAACCCCCACGUAAGUCAGAGUCUCACCUGCUCUGGCUCCGGCCGACCCGAGCUCAACAACGCCAUGCCCAAUGGCAUCCUGGGAGGCCCCGCCAUCUUCUGCAGUGAGAAGUACAAGAUCUACUGCGACUGAGAGGCGGCUCGGACAUCCAGCUGGACUGAUGUGUACAGAGGGCAGGGUGGGGGACCGAACCCUCCCUGCCCUUAGUGUAAAAGAGCCCCACUCGCUCGCUUUGCUCCCCGGCCAGCCUGCGCUCCUCUAGGGACUGCUGCGUUACUAACCGGCUGCUCGUUUGUGCUCGUGUAACCGCUUAGGGGAAUGCAGAUGUGUGUACAGUGUGCUGUGGACUGUAGUAGACAUAACUGGCAUGUGGGUUCAAGGGCCCUGGUUAUAAUGGGGGGGGUGUUGUGGAUUUUAUGGAGUGUCUAUUCUUUCCGCUGUCAUGGUGCUGUACCUAUGAUGUAAAAGGUUGCAACUUCUGUGUUUAUCUGUUCUGGCCCAGUAACAUAAACACAUGGUGGGGGGUGUGGAGGCAUGUAAAGAUGUCGGACUGAACGACAUCCUCUGUUUGGCGUGUCUGUCGGUGCUCCUUUGAUGAAAAUAGCCCUGAACUUCUCUCCCUUCCUUUCCAUCCUGACCAGGGACUCCGGUAUGCGGCAGCCCAUUUUUUAAAUCAAGUAACUGAUGUUUACAAGAAAAUGAACUAAAAUAUGCAAGUUCCCUCUGCUUUGUGGCUAGGGGAGCAUCAAAAUGGAUCUAUGUAUCAAUUUAAACUGAGAAGGGGGGGGAGGCUUCUUGGUUUUGUAAUGAAAAGGUUUGGGCAGAAAAAGGAGCAUCUGUGACCGCAGGUGUAUAUUUCAGGAUCAGUUUAAAGCUGUGAUGCUAGCACACCAAUACAAUAACGUCAGUAGGAUUGCAUGGCUUCGCAGCUGAAAAUGCUUAAAAAAAGAUUUAUGGUUAUUUUCUGUCAUCAGGUGUGUUAUCAGAUGAAAUGCAGGGCUCUACAUUGCAAAAAUCCCAGUUAAUUGGUGUACGGUGAAACACAGGAGGGGCUGUGAGCUCCGCGCGACCCUACAUGUCGCAUUGGGUCCGAUCAGAGCCAUAUCACAAGAGAGAGAGAGAAGGAGAACGUUUGACAAAUCGAUCUUCGCAUCCAAAUUAAGUGCACUUCAACAUAGGUGCCUCAGGUUACUUCUUCUGUUUUACUGUGAACAGAGAUACAAUAUAGUUUUGUUCAAAGGUUAUUUUUUAAAUAAUCAGCAAAAUUCUGGAAGAGCACAAAUUAUUUCAAGAGGAACUUCCUCAAAUCUGGAUUAAGUAAAACCGACUGCUUGGCGAAAGUGCCUGUCGACGCAAACAUUCAGUGUAUUUAUCUGUUGAUGAUGCAAAACCCUGUCCUCAUGUCUCUGCUCUCCCCCACUCAUUAUCAUGUUCCUGCUUUACCUGUAGGAGAUCACUCCAUAGCUUGCCAGUAUAUAAUAGAGAACAUAAAGUCAUGUGACUGAGUAGGCAUGGGCCGGUACCAGAUGGUCAUAGUUUAAAUGGUAAAUAGCAAACAGCCUGUACUUGAAUAGCACAUUUCUCAAGUCCAGAGGACCCCAAAGUGCUUCAUGCUACCUUUAGUCAUUCACCCAUCCUGAUGAUUAUAAGCUACAUUGUAGCCACAGCUGUAUAAGAUUGAGUAAAAGUACCACAAUUUCACUGUUUUUUUGUUUUGUGGAACUCAAAAAGAAAAAUGUAUAGCUUGGCUCAAAAUUAUUGAAUUGAAGUGAAAAUUAUUUACAUUCCUGCCAGACAUAGAUUUAAAAUAAUUUGUCUUCAUCCAGGAAGCGACUUUCUUGUUGUAAAUGAAGCAACAGUCUCCCAAAAGACAAAACAACGUCCAAAGGCAUUUUUGGCUUUUGAAGACAAACAAUUUGUCUUUUAAUUUAUAAAAUGUCAUAUCAGAAUAUCCAUACCUCUCUAAAUAAUAAAUGGAAAAGCCUUUCUUGGCAGCUAAAGGCUUGUCAUGAGUGUUGACACCGAUAUUUUUGAGCAUUUAACAAUGAGCUCCAAGUCUUGAGAUGAUAAAAGCCCUCAAGUCAAGACUCUGGCCGGCUUCAAAACAUUACCAAUAACAUAACAUGAUAAAUUCUUUUUGUUUAAGACAGAAAUUAGUACAUGCUCCUAUUGCUACUAAACCCUGUACAUAGCUCAUAGCUACAGAUGUUAGAGGAGCAUCACUAAGUUUGAAACCGUACCUUUUAAAAAUUAUGGCACCCCUUGAUGCCAGUAACCAGCCCAUGCCUACAGCUAAAAAUGAGCUCUCCUUUUGUCUUCAAUCUGAGUGUCUUGUUAGCUAUAACCGCCUUCUCUCUCGUAGAUUGUCAGCAGCUUGCUCCCUCAGCAUCACCAAUCACCCUUUAACUAGAAAGAGGACUUGUGAGGAAAAUAUUUCUGUCAGGUAACAUCCUCUCGUUUCGCUGCGUGUGUAUAUCUCAGUGUUGGAAGUGAAGGGGCCCUCGUGUGUGUAUGCGUGGGUGUGUGUGCGCGCGGUAUGUUUAUAACCAUUUGCACAACGAGGGCCUCUCAUUUCUAUAUCGUUUGGUGUGCGAGAACGACACCGCACACUGUUUUAGUAUUUACAAUAGCUUUAAACCAUUGCAAGCUAGUAUUAAGCAAAUAGUAAAAAAGAAUAAAAGUGGGGCUUGUGUUUAUUAAAUCCAUGUACUGCUUGUGGAUCAUAAACAUGUUCGCUUUAUGAUGUUGAAAGCAGGGUUGAUGGAAGGUGAUCCUGCAAGAUUUUUUUUUAAAUUCUACAAUUUUCUAACACUACAAAGCUCUAUAUUAAACUCUAUAUUCUUGAUAUAAUCCUUCAGGUUGCGAUCUUGCAGGAUCCUGCGACAGUAUUCCUCCAUCUUGGAUACGAUGCAAUGCGGAUUGAUUCCUAAUAAUAAAAAAAAAAAAGGAAAACUGUUCUUGAUCAACCCUGCUUGAGCGUGCAUCAGUAGGCCACAGCACAAAGCACUCGAGGCUGUUGUAUGACGUAAUGAAAAAAAUGAGCCUCCUUAGAGGUCAGUUACUUCUAUGUUUUAAUAAUCACUCAACAUACAAGUAGAAUGCAUUCAGUUUCUAUCAGUUUGUACUGAAAAGGAGGGAGACCUACACAUUUGACGGGAAAACCAGAUUUCUGUCUAAUAAUGUGGAGAAACAAGUCCAGGAUUUUCCAGAGGGAGAAACUCCUGGUGAUAUUUAGAGGCAGGAAAUCGAUAAACACUCAGUUGACCCAAGGACAUUGACUGAGAUGAUCUAACCUUCUCCCAUGUAUAGGCUCUGUGGUUUUACUGAGCUGUAGAUAGAUCUCAGGAUGUGAUCGUGACUAGAUUCCUUAGACGAGUGUCGACUGCCCCGUCGAAUUUGAAAUCAAUGUGUUUUAACUAAUUUGGUGUCAUUACAAUACGGCACCUGUGCAGCUCCUCCUACCUCCGCCUGCAGGCUUCUCCCUCACCACCUCUGAGUUUUCACCUCAAAUCACGUCUUGUAUUUGUUCGUUAAAGCCUGCAUGUGAAAACUUUACUCAUUUUUCAUUACCCGCACGGCAUCUCUCUGUGGCUUCAUCGCUGUUAUUAAAAGAAAAGUUCACAGUACUUGUGACAUUUUUUGGCUUCCUAAUUGAACUUGCGGGGUAAAAUGCAGUGUGUGCGCAGUUCCAGUUUUAAUUAAUUGGAAAAACUUCAAAAUGAGACCAUAUUUGGCUUUGAGCUUCUAAAAUCGCCUUCCGCUGCUUUGACUAACACCGGCUGCCGUCUUCUUCAUCACCUGACUUUACUGACAGCUGCUUUCAGACUACCUGAACGCUAACGAUGCUGAUCAUUUCUUUAUGUCUCCAUUUUGCAGUAAUUUUACGGUAAUUCCUCGAGGACGACGGAGUACCGACACAGAGUUAUCCCUCUCAACUCUUAGAACUGUAGCCGAUUUGGAUGUAAAGACUAAAAAACUAGUCUGCCUUCUACAUCUGAACACUAAAAUGUGGCACAUCAAAUCUUUUUUUUUUUUUUUUUCAAUAGUGCAUCGCUGCUGGAAGCAAACUUCUCACAAGUCCAGUGAACAUUCUGAAACAGAUUAUGAUUGGCUAAUCUAACCGUCCAAUUAGAAGCCAGGGGACAUGUGGCUGUUUCUCAUUGUGAACAAGUUGUUUUUAUUUUAUUUUUAGUUUUUCUCUAUGUGCACUUUGAUUAUAUAGGAAUAUAACAUAUUAUUGUUAACCUAAUAGGAAAGCGUGGUAGUACAAUGGUUUGUGAGUUAACCAACGCAAGUUUAAUACAGAUUAAAAAUACUAAUUACUUUAGUAAAUGCUCCACAAACCAUAAGAGUACUACUAUGAGUCUGUCCUCAAGAUUUUAUCCAUCAAGUAACCAUUCUUAACUUGUUUUGUUACAUUUUACAUGUUAUUUUGUUUUUUUCUUUGUAUGUUCAUUCUACUGCCAUGGUCCAUAUAAAAAAAUCCAGGGUGAUCAGAUUCUGGGGUUUUUUCAUGUAUUUAUUAUUCCUAGGAAUAGUACAAAAAUUUUACGCAAUGAAACUUGACAACGCUCUGAUUCAAAUGGGUAAGUUGCGUUCGGGAGAUAAAAUUCGGGUUGGCGUGACGAGGUUUUCUCCGAGCUUCUUACCGAGGGCGUUCCAUCGAAACCGAUCACUGGCCUUCAGAAUUCUCUGCAAGUUGCGACUAUUAAAUUCCAAAUUGGAAUUGCUUCAUUCUCUCUUCGUUUAUUGUGCCAAAUAUUGGCACACCGAUUUAGGUCGACAAGAAUCAGAACUCGGAAAGUAGACGAGGCAGCCACGGCUCUCCGUGCGAGCUGGCACCUGGGCUUUUGGGUUUUUAUGUUCAGUUGGUUUGUUUAGUUCUUCGUUUCUGACCAGUAGUGCCUUUCAUUGUUUCAAGAGAGAAUCUUAGAUUAGGAUUUUACUUUUUUUUUUUUUUUUUUUUUUUUUUUUAUAUAUAUAUAUAUAUAUAUAUAUAGGUGAGGGACAUGGGGUUUGAACUGAGUAUGAGCAGCAAUAAAGAGCAAAGUGAUUUCAGCCCCUUUUUCUGCUUGAGAGUGGUAAUAGUUUUAAAAUUAGCUCAAUAACUAAAAUUGUAUUGAAUUGUGCAGGUCAGUGAUCAAGUAAUUCAGGGGUAUUAAGAAAAGGUUGUUGUUGUUUUUUUACCAAACUGGGAACCAAAAGAAUUCCUUUGGCCUCCUGUUGUUGAACUAAAUAUGCUGAGGGGCAAAUCGGUGUACAAUUGGAAACAUCUACGCAUCUCUAGCUGUGUUUGGUGAAGGUAAUGUGAUCUUAAUAGUAUUGUUGGUUAAAAAAAAAAUGUGCUUGGAGCACUUUUUUUUUUCUUUUCUUUUUGUCUCUUUUUAAGUUUGUUUUUUAUUAUUAUCUCUUUUUUUACAUCAUGUUUUCAACAUUUACGUUUUCAGUAAACAGAAAACAAAAAUUAGCAUCAACAAGCUUGAAUAGUGCCAUUACAGCCAAUGCUUGCUUGUUGAGGCAUUAAAAGUUACCAAUAUGGAGAUAAAGCUGAACAAUUAAAGUGCAAUUCAGAUGCUGUUUUACUUUUUUAUUUUUUUCAACUGAAAAGUUUUCUGUUUGCUGGAAGCUAUAGCAUUGUGAUAAUAAAAUUAGCAGUGCAAACUAUUGUCAUAUUGUCUGUCAGUAUUGAUCCAUAAGAGUUUGAUAUCUUUAUAUAAAAUAACCACUUCACCUGUAUGUUGGUAUUUAUUUGAACUGUCCUGCAGUACUGUAUUCUUAUCAAUAAUGUGCAUUAUGAUUAGUGGCAUAUUGAUUCCAGCUAAAUGUCAUAUGCAUGUUCCUCAGUCAUGGGACCUUUACACAGGAUUGAAAACAAACAUGUAAAGUUUUGUCUGGGAAAUAAAAGAAGCGAGUUGAGUUUGAUGUAUUACUGCUGAAUUAUUGCGCUAAAAGUGUUUGUUUUCUAGUUGAGAGGUGGGGUGGCUGUGUAAGGGGAGUCAUACUGGUUAAAAUCAAUAAAUGUGACUAAGUUCUA